UUAACAAGUGUUCUGUCUCGACCGUGCACUAAGGUAGAGGACGUUGGAGUCACUGUUAAGAGGAUUCGAACAUUUUGUUUUUGGUGUAAAGUUAGCCGACCCGUAACGUAUCCAACAUGUUUUCUCGCAUCGCAAGACCCACAAUUUGCAUUGCUACUCGGAGUUUAACCACCUCCUCACAGAACAAUGCCAAGGUGGCAGUCUUGGGCGCAUCUGGGGGUAUUGGCCAGCCUCUGUCACUGCUUCUGAAGAACAGUCCUCUGGUGGGUGAACUUUCUCUGUUUGACAUUGCCCACACACCUGGCGUAGCAGCAGACCUUAGUCACAUCGAGACCAGAGCCCGUGUCACUGGUUACAUGGGUCCAGACCAGUUAAAUGAUGCACUGAAAGGCUGUGAUGUUGUUGUCAUCCCAGCCGGUGUCCCAAGAAAACCUGGCAUGACCCGUGAUGAUCUGUUUAACACCAAUGCCACCAUUGUGGCCACACUGGCCGACGCCUGCGCCCGCAACUGUCCAGAAGCCAUGAUCUGCAUCAUUGCCAACCCUGUGAACUCUACUAUUCCCAUCACAUCGGAGGUCAUGAAGAAGUAUGGCGUCUACAACCCUAACAGAGUGUUUGGGGUCACUACACUGGACAUUGUCAGAGCCAAUGCCUUUGUUGCAGAGCUAAAAGGCCUUGACCCAGCACGUGUAAAUGUGCCAGUCAUUGGAGGUCAUGCAGGAAAGACUAUUAUUCCUCUCAUCUCACAGGCAACACCCAAAGUGGAGUUUCCAGCUGACCAGCUAUCUGCAUUGACUGCUAGGAUUCAGGAUGCUGGCACAGAGGUUGUGAAGGCCAAGGCUGGAGCAGGCUCAGCUACUCUGUCCAUGGCCUACGCCGGGGCUAGGUUCACAUUCUCUAUUCUGGACGCCAUGAAUGGAAAGGAGGGAGUCGUGGAGUGUGCGUACGUAAGGUCAGAAGAGACCGAGUGCAAAUACUUCUCCACACCUCUGCUCCUCGGGAAACAAGGAAUUGAGAAGAACCUCGGCCUAGGCAAGCUGUCAGCUUUUGAAGAGAAACUGGUGGCUGAGGCCAUUGGUGAGCUGAAGGGCUCCAUCAAGAAGGGCGAGGAUUUUGUUGCUAACAUGAAGUGAGCAGGGUUUGAAUGUCUCAAUCUGUGAUUAUUUAUAUUGUUCAGUCUGUAAUGGUAACGGCUCUCCAAAAUCAAAGUUUCAUCAUGUUUGUUGUUUGACUGAUCAGAAAUGUCAAUAACUCACUCCCUAAUAAAUGAUAAACCUCA